UGCCACAUUGUGAGUCAUUUCGACAUUAGACAUUGUGCGAGAGAGUGAUAGUUUCAGAAGUUCCCCAAUCAAGAAAAGAUUUGGGAUCCUUGUUGUCUACAUCUAGAAGAUACGUGCCCGCAACAAUUUUGAUUCUUUUUUCCAAAAAUGGCUCGCAGAACUGGUAAUAUGUUUUGUCUGAUGUUUUUCGCUUUUCAAGUAUUCGUUUUCUUGGCGGAAAUUGGUGAAAACAACAGUGUUUUGGCUAGAAAGGGAAAAAGUCGCAAUCGAUAUCAAACGAGGACUGUCAACUAUGGAGUGAGACAUAGAAAAGGAAAACCAAGAUUGUUCAGUCCUUUGAAAAAUGCAACAGUGAAUCUAGGACGAAUCGCCGUAUUCCGCUGCAUUAUUACGGGCUCACCUUCAAGGAUACGCUGGAAGCAAAAUGGAAGGCAUAUUCCGGACACGGAAAGAUACCGAACACGAUUGUAUUCCUGGGGAGGAGUCUUGCGUGUGCGAAAAGUCCGAAUUUCUGAUUACGGCACCAUUACGUGUCGAGCGAAAAACAGUUUUGGUCACAUGACGUCCAACACUGCCUAUUUGAAAAUUCGAGGAGUGAAUCCAAAGCACAAGGAAAGAUGCAAAAGAUACAAUGGUAAAUUAUGCAAGAAGUACGUAAGUGCAAGAAAUAUCUUCAUCAAAUUUGGCCGCACUCAACGAAACACAGAGAGAACUAUUGAGGGUAUAUUCAGAAGGAUGACAUCAUAUCUUUCACCGACAUGCAAGAAACACCUUCUCUCUUCGCUUUGCAAGCACUACUUCCCUCCCUGUGAACGAAAUGCAAAAAGACCUAAAGCCAUUCCUCUUUGCAAGGAAGAUUGCCUUCAUUUAGAGAAGAACGUGUGCCAAACUGCCUUCAUGAUUGUUGACGCGAUUUCAACGGAACUACGAUACCUUCUACCAACAUGUGAUCAUUUGCCCAGGAGGAAACGCUCAUCAAGCCAUUGUCAGAAGCUGUUCUCGACAGAAGUCAUAUCUCAAGUCCCAAGAACGUCAUUUGAGACCAGAAAUGCAGAAAAUGAGGAAUUAUUAAGGUCAUUGUACAAGAUAUUAUUGCAGGUACCACAAAACGUCGAUACCAAUUCACGACGCAACGCGGACUUUGCUUAUGAAAGUCAAAAAAAAUCCGCACUGAACACAGAGACAGCUAAGCAAGAAUUUAAAGGAAGAUGUGAGCCGUAUGUGGGAAACGAGUGCUUAAAAUACAUUAGGAAAGGACAGCUGAUAUUUGUAUCAGAUAACCGCACACAGCAAAGAUACGAAACCAAAUUGAAUGAAAGUCUAAAGGAAGUGCUGCCCUUUACCUCGAAUAAAUGCAAAAAAUAUGCACUGAAAGCGCUGUGUUAUUAUUUCUUCCCGCCAUGUUUGAACGACAAUCGCACUCCAAAUCUGAUUUGUCGUAGAGAUUGCGAGCUUCUUGAAGCACGCACUUGCUCCAAAGAGUUUCAGUAUGCUAAAACUAUGCCCAUUGGAGGCGAAAUCAUCCCGGAAUGCGUGAAUUUGCCUGAAAGACAGGAGACAUGUUUGGAGCUUGGAGUUUCAGAUGAAAUAAAAAGUUCAGACAGAUGUAGCUUCUAUUGGCGAUACAAACAUCAAGGGAUACCCAUUUCGCAGCGACCAUCCCCACUGGUGAACGCAUCGCGACUUUUUCGAGGGAGGAUGUACCCCAAUAUAUCCCUGGACUCACUGCCCAAUCACCUGAUGCAAAGACUUCGAAGCCUCGGUCUUUAUAAUGACUCACAAUCAAGUAUCGGUAGUAUAUCGAACGACAGUGACAAUUACGUGAUUCAGAUAAAAAACAAAACUCUAAAAGAACUACUGAAUCAAUCUUACAUGAGAACCAUGACGUUGCCAAAUCUUAUUCGACCAGAUCCGGAGCAAAAAGCCACAGCGAUAAUGGUACAUUUAACUGACAGCAAAUCGUACGACACCGAGUUACCCCUUGGAACGCUGCAAGUGUAUCGACCGCACAAACGUCUUGAGCUCUCGAAUGUCAUCUUCUACUAUCGUUCCACAGUUGGAUACGACGCUUUCGUGGGUCGCGGUGAUUACACCAUUUGCGGGACGAAAUUUGAUGUGGAAAUAUCAAGACUCAAGACGCAUGGCGUUCGUGUUCAAGGUAAUUCACUAGGCCCAGUAGACGUCGAUAAGAUCGAACUGGCUUUCGAUAUGGAAAAGGCAAAUGAAAGAAUGUUGGUCAUGUUGAAAAAGUACGGUUUCUUUUUGCUGCGAAUAAUGAAACCAACUGUGGAGAUGGUCAUCGACAAAAGCUUGAGUGUAAAAUUCUCAGGUGUAAGUUUCGUGGAAAAUUUCAAAAAGAAAGCGACGACUGAAGUAUUUGCGGGAAAAUUGGGUAAAAAUUCUCUGUUCACAUGUGGAUUGAUAUUUGAUGACGUGAAACUGGGAGAGUUCGUGUCCAGAUUCAGCGGUAUUCAUUUGAGUUUUCUAGAUUUGUUUCAGAACAAUAAUGGAAAAAAUAAGAUUGGUCUCUCGAUGUCGGCAAAUGAUGUGGAUAUCACAAAUGUGUCAUUCAUGGCCUACACUGCUGAGCCCCUUUCUUCCACCUUUAAUACAAUCAUCCAUAAGGGAUUUCACUUUGCUGCUCUGACUGGAACACCGAAAAACUGCCCAGCGCACGAUGACUUCUGCAAAUUGAUCCAAGUUGUAAUCGGCAAAGACAAGGAAUUCUUGUUGGGAGGGGAAACGAGUUGGGAAUGGACGCAUUUUAAAGCAACCAUCAAAAACCCUGCCAUGUCAGGCUAUUUACCAGUUGAGAAAGUGAACAUCGAAGUUAAGGGAAGCAACAAUACACGUUUUCACGUUGGUGUUCAACCAUUUAUCGUGUACGACGUAAACGGCAAUGUCUUGCAAUCUGAUGGGAACACCAAAAACAUAGUCUUCACUGGAACGUUGGGUUACAGCAAACAUGGCAGUCAACUAGAAGGAAGCGUGAGAACUGACGCAGUUUGGACGAAUGCCUUUGGAUAUCCACAACUUACUGUGAAAAGAAUGUCUGCCGGAUUAUCUGUUCGCUUGACAAAACCUCAUUUCCCUAACAAGCUUGAAACCAGAGGAGACAUCGAAAUUGGUUUAGGCUGUGGUGAAAAUGUCGAGAACGAGUGCAUCACAGGAACAGUACACAUAGGGAUGUCAGAUGAAAUUUCCGAACAAUAUUUUUACGGCGUGAUGUCUCGUUUUACAAUACAAGAUAUAUUCAGGGUACAUGGUGUGCAUUCAAGGCUGCCUCCUCCGAUUGCAAAUAUUGGGUUUUUUGAAGGACUAGAGAUAUCGGUCGCAAAGCAGAUUCAUCAGCUUGAAAAGAUUGGAGGUCCGACCAUUAAGCCAGGAUUCACAAUGAAAGGAAAAAUUCGAGUUCUGGGUUUGGAAAGCGAUUGUUCAGUGAACCUAAAGCCUGAUCAGUUCAUCGUUGAUGCAAAAAUUGAGGGAGAAAAGGGUCCAAUCAAACUUGGUGGAGUUACGCCCUUGUACAGAUCGAAACGUGACCGCAAACACGGACCCAUACUUUACAUCGAAACAAGAUUUUCACCAAAGCCAUAUGUUCGGGCGCACAUAGAUGGCUACACAAAACUAUUUGGUAUAUUCGACGAAAUCCGCAUACUUAUGACGCAAAGACUUUUCAUGAUACGAAUGGUGACAAACAUUUUCAAAUCCUUUAAAGUUCGAAUCAACGUGAUGGCAAACUACAGCGAAGAUCUGAGCAGAACACAUUUCAAAGCGAGAAUUCGUUUCAUAGGAGGAUUAGCAAGGCUAACAAGAACGUCAUCUAAGCAUGUCUUAAACAUACUUAAGAGCGAGAAAGAAAAACUCAAAGCAGCUCAAAAAGCAAAGUUCACCGCCAGAGCAAAAUGCCAGAGUGAAAGACGUGAAGUGUGCGAUAACUGUUUGAAAACGCCCAAGUGUAGGGUGCAACUUGAAAUGUGCCGUACUAAACUCAAUCGCAAUGAGAAGAUAACCGACUUCGGGAGUUCAACGUCGCAAUUCUGUGUGCGCAUGUUGCGAAAUAAUUGCAAACUUAGUUCCCUAGAUUGCAAACUGAUCUGCACGAACAUGACGCGUGUCACCAACUCGUGCAGGGAGUUAGAAGAGUCAGAAAGUUCACUCAAACAAGUGAAAAAAAGUUUAGAAUGGGUCGAUCAAAUUAAGGCCAUGCUUACCAUUGGUUUCUUCCAAGUACAUAGCAUUACAUUUGAUACGAAGUUAACACCAGAUGAUAUAGGGGAUAUUUAUGUUAAUGCUAAACUAGACGUCACCAUAUUCGAAAGGCGGGAAAAAAUCGACGGGAUGCGACUCAAAUUUGGACAAUUUGCCAGAUUGGCUUCGGACGUGGCCAGGUAUGCGGUGGAGUGGUACCGAAAGAAAAAUAUAUGAGGCGAUGACGACAUCCUGACGACAUUCUCAAUAGCAACAACUUUCACUUACUCGCCGCAUACUAUAGUGUGCCUGAGUUUACAAGGCAAAUAAGUUUUAUUGAAGCCAUGCAAUACAAUUUUUAAUGUGCAAAGUUCUUUAAAACUUCUUUGCAUUGUGAGUUCUGACACGCUGCUGCCAAAGUGCGUAGUGUGUGUAUAUAUAUAUAUAUUCAUAUUGAAUACAACCAAAGAGCUAAUAAUUUACGAAAACAAUAUCUCGUUAUAGUUUUGAAAAAGUUAAACAUUACUUUGAUUGUCCAGAACAGUUCAAAAAUGAGCAAUAAAAUCUCACUAACAAAGUAAAAUACUGUUCAGUACAAUAUUCACUGUUUUGUAGUAAAAAUGUGUGUGGCGGUUUCUUAAACUGUUACGUAUAUAUUGCAAUGUGAAACACAUACGUAUGUGGUAUUUAUAUGAAAAAUAAUUUACAUUGCAAAGAUAAUAAGUGUUCAGUAAUUCUAAGCAAAAUAUUUUGUUAAUAUAACAAUUGUCAAUUUUCAAGAUCAUUUAAUUUUAUGACUUGACAAA